AGCAUGCCAUGGCAAUGAAAAUGCCAUAUGGACGCUGCCAUGGCGGGGGGGAUGAACUCCUUCCAGCUAGGAAUACACUCGAAACUUACGUAACUUGAAAGUAAAGAGACAAAUUUUAUAAAUAAACAACAAAAAGUCGUGGAAAUGAAACAAUUCUGGUAAAAGGGAUACAACUUGUACCGCAAAUUAACAAAUUUGAUGCUAGAUUUGAGACACGCGAUGUUGGCUUAGUUCUUAAAAUGUUUAAUGAAAACAUUUUCUCUUGAAAGGUUUUUUGGAGACCCGACGCUCAACGGGCGAAAAAACGACGACGACGACAACGACAAGCGGUUUUUGUUUUUGCUUCGACAUUGGCAGAUCAAACGGGCAGCAGCAGCAGCAGUAACAGCAACAGCACCUCAUCGCCAGCGAGCUUUUCGUCUUUCCAGCAAUGCCCCAACAUCAGCAGCGUUCGGCACCUCCCUCCCUCGUCACCACACCACCUCUCUCUCCUUCUUCUCCACACUCGUCAUCCUCAUCGCGACAUAAACAACAUGCUUCCCGACAACAGUCCGUUGCUCUUGCCCAUGACAUUACAUCCCUCCUACUCUCCCUUCAAGGACUGGCACAGAGAUUGGAUCCAUAUUGUUCGCCUGUCUUGCACUGGGUGACUUUUGUCCUGACGUGGCAAAAUAACUAUGUGUCCCUGUUAUGUGGUAUCGCGGUGGUUGUGUGCUGCUUAAAGUGGGAGUAUACGGUGCAUUUGCCGUUUCUGUUGGGGAUCGGUGGGCUCGGGUUUGCCUACGCAAGGAGAUUGGGACGAGGAGUACGCAAGCGAUUUACAAAUCCACAACCACCCACUGUCCCUCAUUUGAUUCACUACCUCAUAUCCGUGACGUCCACAUUACAUUCGUUUGUCGAUACACUAGACUCCCUGAGUUCGCUUGUCACGUUUACCCGAAAGUCGGAACGGGCGUCGCUGGGCCUAUUUCGCGCGGUAAUAGUUUCUUACGUCUUGUGGCUCAUUGCUACCGCAAUGGUUGGGGUUCGAGGCGUAUCUACUGCUUGCGGACUCCUCAUCAUUGCCUGGGGAAGCGAGUUUGGUCAAGUUUUACGAGAAACUGUCGCAAAACGCUUAAGCGAUGUGGCAAUAAGCUUGGGUAUGCAUGUCGAAUGGAUAGAUGAAGACGAUGACGAGGAGGAUGAAAGCGAGACAAAGCGACAGAGGAAAGAUUCAGUGUCAAAGUUGGCUGCGGCGGCAGCAGCGGAAGAAGCGGAGAUGCUUCGAAGAGGAAGCGAUGUUGCUUCAAGACACAUUCUUGGCAUCAGACCAGCUCCGCCAUCGAGACAAAAGGCACAAGUGACUGUUCAGACAGCGCCGGCACCUGGCGCAACCGCCAAAAAGCCAGCUACAAAGACGAAAAAAUCAACAAAGCCUCGUAGUCCCGCUAUUCCCGGCAUACCUACCACCGCUAUUCCUGCUAUUCCAAUUACUAGAAUCGUCCCUGCCAAUAACGUUACUAGAGUUGAAAGACCCACCACUGUGAUUACAAAGGAUGUUGUGCAGCAAGAAAAGUCCUUGCCUGAGGAAGCAGCAGAUGCUGCAAAAGCAGUAGAGCCAUCAUCCGAGCCACGCAUUCCUAGUGUCACAGAAGCACCUGCCACUUCUGAAGCCGACAGUGGCCGUCCGACCUCGACUGGCAGCUCAACGUCAUCCGAGUCUGGUCAGAUUGGGAAAGACUCUCGGCCACGAUCAGGAUCGUCCACGGAUUCCGAUAACCAUGCUACCCGUGUACGAAACCGCCUUGCUGAAGUGGUUGCUCGUUCAGCUACGCCGAAUCAAACAAAGAGUGAUACCCAAGGUCUGCCAGAUUCGGCCGUUGAUCUUGAAGGUUCACAGAACGAAAAAGGAUUGUCCGAAGCGAUCUCAAAAGAUACAACGGAGACCAUCACCAAAGAGGAACAUGUUCCAGACGAAUCGAACGUUUCGGUGGAUUAUCACCCUGAUUGGACUUUUCCCGAAGACGAGACCGACGAUUUUCGCAAAGAAUUGGCGGGAAGUCUACUGCGGAACAGAAAGCCCACACCUUACCAUUCUCCCGAGACUUCAGAAGAUUACUUUGGUCCCAGUUCAAAAGACGCUGCCAAUUCUGGCUCUGUGACGCUAACCGAUUCCCUUCCCCGACGACGUGCCUCUUCCUUGUCCAACCCAACUAUAGGAUUCUUGAGCGAUGCUGAUCGCAGCCACGACACCGAGCCUGAAUCCGGUUCGGACACUGAAAGCUUGGACAGCGUGCCUUAUCUCCGGCGUCGUCGAUCAUGCGACAGUGACCUGACGAUCGAUGCGUUGGCUGAUUUCUCUAACCCUCGACGCUCCUCAUAUAUGAACACACCUCAACCCCCUUCACGGACCUCAUCUCGCACCCGCGCUCCCUCGAAUGCCUCUACACUCUCAUCCGAUUCGCUCUCCAGUCGCGCACGAAGUGAUUCUUCGUCGACUGCGUCUGGAACGUUGAAGAGAGACUACACUGUCCCUGCAACGUUACUGACCGAUGCUGAUUACACCUCCCCCAUCGGCCCAAACAGCCCAACCCUUUCCAAUCAUUCUUCUCGAUCAUCCUUCCGGGGUUCAAACCGUAAAGCUCUCAGCAUGAUUCUCAGUUUUGAAACCUAUGAAAAUCAGCGAUGGUGGGUAGGCGUCGGAUGGGUUCCCCAUCUUCUGCCCACUGAACGCGGAGCAUGGACAGACCAUACCGGCACGAAACACCUCCCAAAAGCGAGCUUCGAUCUCCCCGAAUUCCGACGUGACCAACUAGCUCAAAUGAACAUCAAGAUUGGUUCUGAAGAUUCGGGGUCUGAAUUUGGGUUGGACCUCGAGCACAAGCGGUAUGCAUGGGAUUGGGAUGGGCCUUGGCAAGUAGACAUGUACGGCUCCACGACAGAUGAAGAUGGAUGGGAAUAUGGAGAUAAUUUUUGGGGAGGCUGGAAGAACCGGAGAACCCUAAAGAGAGUCGUUAGACGACGACGCUGGGUUCGGUUGGCACGGCUAUUUGAGUUAGGACGAAAACGAAGCGUUACAUUUGGUACCAGUAUCAUUUUUGAGGAGCCUGUGUUAGAUAUUAUUGGGGAAGAAGCACACGAGCAUGCAGAGGGGAAUGCGGAUGACGAGGAGUGGGAAACUCGAUCUCCGUCUUUUGACGAGGAUGAAGAAAUGUACGAUGAUCGCGAUGAUGCCCUCGUUCCUGGCGAGGGAGAGCAAGAGCGAUCAAGGAUGUGGCAUGAUAUUGCGGGCGAUAUAGCUGGGGUAGACAGUACGGAAAGAGUAGACGUGCCACCAAAGCGAGCUCGAGCCACUUCUGUCCCGUCACCGUCGACCUCUACCUUUGGUCGACAUGAAACCGGUCGGAUAAGAAGUGGGUCUGCAGGAAUAUAAAUUUUCUUUAUAGAUGCGGACCUUGGUCGUAGCUCUUAGCGACAUGCAGAGUGUACGGGAUAUUGUAUUGUUAUAUAGACAACUUGUAUUUUUUGAAAAAAAAUGAUCUUUCUCGCUGA